CAUGGCUGUUACACGCAAAGGCAUCAUUACUUUCGCUGUUGGUAUAUUGUUUGGAUUUGCUGUAACCUACAUGUUUACCAUUUCAACAUCAAUAUCUGGCCGGCUGAAGUUUGCCCCACGACAGAAGGCGUCAUACGCUGGUGGCUUCAUCCCCGACAGCCCCCACAGCCACGGCGAGAUGGACAGCGUGAAGGGGCCAGAACAAUCUGUGGAUUGGGCCGACGAACAUUCCCACAGUCAUACCGAGGAGUCAAGCGCCAUCGCCCACGAGCUGGCUACAAAGAUUCGAGUCCUGUGCUGGGUUAUGACCAACCCAUCCAACAUCCAGACCAAGGCCAAGCACGUCAAGGCCACUUGGGGCAAGCGCUGUAACGUGUUGCUCUUCAUGAGUUCAGAAGUAGACGCAACCCUGCCAGCCAUUAAGCUACCUGUUUCUGAAGGUCGCGAUAACCUCUGGGCGAAGACAAAAGAAGCAUUUAAAUAUGUCUACUCUAACCAUUUAAACGAGGCAGACUGGUUUCUGAAAGCUGACGAUGAUACGUACGUUAUUCUAGAAAAUUUACGACAUUUUUUAAGUGAUAAAGAUACUCAGCAGCCGUUAUACUAUGGCAGAAGGUUUAAGCCGUAUGUUAACCAAGGCUAUAUGAGUGGCGGCGCUGGAUAUGUCCUGAGUAAGGAUGCUUUGAAACGAUUUGUUGAAAAAGCUGUGAAUGAUCCUGGGAAAUGUCGGAACGACAAUGGCGGGGCCGAAGAUCUAGAGAUGGGGCGGUGUCUGGAGAAAGUGGGGGUGAAGGCAGAGGAUUCACGAGAUGAACUUGGGCGUGAAAGAUUCCAUCCGUUCGUACCUGAGCAUCACCUGAUCCCGGGAAUAUUGCCUGCUGAUAUGUGGUAUUGGAGCUAUAGUUUCUACCCAGCAAAACAGGGCCCUGACUGCUGCAGCGACCACGCCAUCACCUUCCACUACGUCUCCCCCAACAUGAUGUACAUCAUGGAGUACAUGAUCUACCACCUAAAGCCAUUCGGCAUCCGCGUCGUGGAGCAGUGCCCGGACAAGGAGGAGAAGAAGCUGGAUGCCGAGCCUCCAUCACAAGAACAAUCCGGACAACUUGUCCCAGCUGAAAAACAUGAACAUGAGUAUACUAAACCAGCUGUAAAUACAGAAAAAAGUGAUAUUGAUAAAAAUGUUAUUGUAUUCCCCAAAAAUACAGUUCACCAGAAGGAAAGUACAUCAUAGUCAUGCUAUCAAUUACUAAGUUUGUAUUUUGUUCAUAAGAGGUAAGUCUCAUUCAUCAUCUUAGUAUUAAUUUUGAAAGUUGAAAUAUUCAUCUUCGGGGCAGAAUAUAGAAAUGGAGGUGGCCCUGAUAAUUGAUAUGUAUUGAUUUUGAAAAUUGAAAUAUUCAUUCUCGGCAGAAUAUAUUAUUUGUUGUAGCCCUGAUAAUGAAUAUUCAUUGUUUUGUGGGAUGGGUUGGGGGUGUGGAUCUAUGUGUUUUUGUUUUGUAUAAACCUUUCUGCCAAAUUUUAUUGCUUUAAUUUGUGAGAUAGUGUUUUUUAGUGUUACUUUUAUGUCAGUUUGAUAUUGCAUUGAACGUGAUGUGAGUAGGAUGUGACUUGUUCUUUUGUCUUUAUGAUAAUGUAGACAGUCUUCUUGCACACAGUCAAAAUAAUCUUCAUCGCAUGAUUGGAUUUUAAUGUUGUGAUGUUGAUUUCUUGUAUUUUGUUUUAACUAGGACUAUCAUGAUAUUUUUAUUUUAGUUCAUGAAUGACUAGCACUUUCUAGACAUAUAUAUCAGUUCAUGCACCAAUUUUGUUACAUUUUCAACAUUUUUAUAACAAAAGAUAACAGAUAUGAACUGAAAGUCCCAUGUAAUAUAUUUUCAUAUGUUCUGACACUCAGGCAGGUCCUGAAAUUAAUGUUACCUUUAAAUGCCUUUUUUUUAGUUGGUUUACAAGAAUGACCAACAACAAACAGUGAAAUUAGACAGAAAAUAUACUGUCUUUUGUCUUACAAGUUUCCUUUUGAUACAUUAAUAGCAGUAUUAAUCUGAAUCUUGAAAGUUAUUAGACAUUCGACGACCUACAUUGAAUUUUAGGCCAAUAACUUUGUAAACCAACUUAUGAAAAAUAAAAGGCCUCAGCUUAUAUUGUAGAAAGGCCUUUCUAACCCAAUGUAUUAGCCCCUAUUGAUGGUCGAGUGAGUGAGAGGAAGGUGCUUCAUACUGCAUCAGUUACUGUGACUACAUACAUGUACUUUCCACUUCAUCAUCAACAGCUACUGGCUACUAAUUUGCUGCUUUGAAUUCCUCCUACAGCACUGUAGGGUUGGGAUGAGUCUAAAUGUACGAGACACCUACCCGAGUCCCUAUUGCCCGACCCUGCCUGGGUACCUGCUGUCUCAAUACAGCACUGUAGGGUUGGGAUGAGUCUAAAUGUACGAGACACCUACCCGAGUCCCUAUUGCCCGACCCUGCCUGGGUACCUGCUGUCUCAAUACAGCACUGUAGGGUUGGGAUGAGUCUAAAUGUACGAGACACCUACCCGAGUCCCUAUUGCCCGACCCUGCCUGGGUACCUGCUGUCUCAAAUUGGGUACUAAAAGUCCGAUUGAGAAAAACUACUUCAAUACGCACAUAAAACAACUGAAGAUGACAAAAACUUUGUCUUCACUUAAACAUAUGACAGUCAGAAGGAAUGUGUGCAUAGUCAGAAAGAAAUGCGAACGUUAAGAGACUGGAUGUGUAACCAUGGCACUUGACUGUUAUGGUCAUUAAACAUUAUAUGAUUCACCACGGGUCCGGGUAAUCCUGUGGUAGUCCUAAUAAGGACCCACCCGACCGAGUACGGAGUUACCCGUCCCAGCCCUACAGCGCUACUUAGCUCUGUUCGUCCAAGGUUGAUUUUGCACUGGUUAUCACAAGUACACAAAAAACAGUAUUGCAGAGUUUAUAUUCCCAUUUGUUUUCAAACUAUUACCGUAAAACAAUUGCACCCAAUAUUUAGAAUGUGCUAACAUUCAGACAGGUGAGUUCAUGUUGUUUAAUGCUGAGUCAGCAAUGUUCCAUCUGUAUUGCUGAUUGGAGUGUUUCUCUCAUUGACAAGAGCUACAUCCCUUCUUAUUUGGAUUUACUUUGGGGUCAUUUUCAAUAUCAUGAUUAAUGAAUAUUUUUAACAAGCUUGGUUAUACAGUAUGUUUUGUGCCACAUUGAAGGAGGUCGAAGAACGCAUAAAUCAAGUAAAUAAACAAAGUCAGUGUAAAAGAAAUACUUUGGAGUUGCUAUAUGCAUAGGUUUAAGUUUGUCAUUGAUUGUGUUGAUGUAGAAAUCAGCAUUCCUUCUUUUGGGUAUGUUCUUCAUUGAAAAGUUUCACUUUCUUGGUCAACUUAAAUAUAAUAGCCAUGUCUCUGAAGAGAGUUUAGCUGAUGUGAUGGGUCUGUUUGUCGACACACAUCGGUCUGAGAGCCUAUUGACUUCCACUGUUCCAAGUCAACAUGGGAGACCGGAGGGUGACAUUGAUCGAACAGUGUAGCCUCUCUUCAUUGUUGUGGGGGAGAAUCAUGGGGAUGUAAUGUCACCUGUAAUACAUUUGUUGAUUAAAUAGCACCAGCUCAAAAAUGAUGUAAGAUUGUUUUAAGUGUUUAGGUGUAAUAAUCAAAAUAUGACUGUGGGAAUUGAUAUUUUGAGUAUUGACAUAAUUGUUAUAGAUUGCAUGUAUUGCUGACAACAUACUGAAGCCAAAUUAAUCCUAAUUUUUAAAUAAUUUUUUUUUUUAAUUAUAAGUUUCCUUUUCAAGAUAAUUAACUGGACUAAAAGAAUGUGAACUCGAAAACGCUACAUCUCUCAGCUGCUUGGAUGUACUGGUUGGGUAUUUAGAUUUUCGAUUUGAUUUAUUUACAGGCCACCGUUCCUUUCACUGACUCACUCAUCCACUCGAGGGGGCACGGGUGGCCCAGUCGUUUAAGCUGCCGCAAUUUGCUGUGCAGAGUUGCAUCCCAUGGGCACGCCAG